AUGUUCAACAAAACAGCCACGCCUUUCUUGAGCCUUGACUUCUCAGCGAGGAUGCAGGAAUCAGGUCACUAUCGUGUCCCCGAGCCGCCAGCCAAUGCUUGCGAGGAACAGCUGAGCUACUACUCUACAGGCACUGAUUGGCAGUGCGAUGAGAGUCGCUUCUACACGCCGCGGCCUGCUGUCUCCAUCCCCAGCCGCGAAUUGGAGCAGCGAGAUGCGCCACUGACCAAAGAUCCACUGAAUCCACAGAACACUGCGCCUCUGAUUUGGUACUUGCAGCACUGCUGGCUUCUCACCUGGGCGGCUUACUUGCCGGACCGUGGCAGCCUUGGAAGUUUGAGAGUCAGCAGAAGAAGUGGCUACUCAACAUGGACCUUUGCUGCGCCCUUGGACCCGAUCAAUGCUGGUUAA